GGGUAUUAGAAAUUUCUAUGAUUUAGCAAAUAAAUUGAUUUUGUAGUAUCUACUGCGUGUGAUAGAACUAAAAGUGUUUAGGAUAGAUAUUCGAUUUAUGAAAUUUUUCAAUUUUGAUUUAUUAAAUUCAAUUUUUUGUGUGAUAUAUAAGAUUUUAUAAUGGAUUGCAAAAUGGACAACGAUUUUGAGUAUUUGGCAUAUGAUGUCCUGUUUAUCAGCCUUUUUGAAUAAUCUGUGGGUUCAAGCGUUUGCCAUCGUAGGACUCGCGGCCCUUGCGACUAUAGCCGCAGUUAUUAGACUCUAUGCGCACAUCACUUGCGGAAGGUGUCAUUCAACACGUAAGAUGUCCGGGAAAACUAUAAUAGUAACCGGAGCAACUGGAGGCAUAGGCCGGGAAACGGCGGAAGAAUUGGCCAGGAGAGGUGCCAGGGUUAUACUCGCGUGCAGGAAUGCCGAUAGUGCUUGCAAGGCCAGAGAUGAAAUUGUAUCUGCUACUGGUAAUCGAGAUGUACAUGUAAAACUUUUGGAUUUAUCUCGAAUGCGAUCUGUUCGCGAAUUUGCUGCCGAUGUACUUCGCACCGAAACGCGGUUGGAUGUUUUGAUUCAUAAUGCAGGUAUGGCCGACGUUUUUCGCAAACAAGUUACUGAAGAUGGUUUAGAAAUGACCAUGGCGACCAAUUACUACGGACCAUUCUUACUGACUCAUUUGCUGAUAGACUUGUUGAAGAAAUCAGCACCAAGCCGAAUUGUAAUAGUUGCUUCAGAACUAUAUAAAUUCUCAAGAUUGAAUCUGGAAAAUCUGAAUCCAAUAAACACAUUCCCAGCAUAUCUUUACUACGUAUCCAAAUAUGCAAAUAUUUGCUUCUCAAACGAACUUGCAAGAAGAUUACAAGGAACUAAUGUUACUGCAAAUUGUUUACAUCCAGGUAUGAUCGACUCCGGUAUUUGGCGCAAUAUUCCCUUUCCUCUAAACUAUCCAGUCAAAUUAGUGACCAAAGGAUUUUUCAAGACCCCUAAACAAGGUUGCCAAACGACGGUCUACUUAGCAGUAUCUGAAGAAGUUGAAGGCGUCAACGGCAAAUAUUUCUUAGAUUGCAAAGAAUCGUCAUUAAAAGCCGGGGCCAAAGAUGAAGCGAAAAACAAGAAACUUUGGGAAUUGUCAGAAGAUUUAGUUAAAUUGCAGCCUACUGAUCCGCGAAUUUAAGAACAAGAAAAUAGUUUUAUUUUGAAUAAGAAUUGCUAAAUGGAAAAUAGUGCUAAAUCUAUGUUGUAUGUC